CUGUGGUGAGCCAUCCCGGAGUCCCGGAACGAAAGUUGGAAGUUACUUUUCUGUACAGUUCUUGGCUUGUUUGUUAGGAAGGAAUAGAAGUGGAUUAUAAUAAUUUAUCGCGUAAUUUCCAUGUUAAUUAGUUAAAAAAUCUAUAGCAGCCUGAGCCUAUACAAUUUCCAAUUUAGAAUUGUUGUUUCUGAAAGUGUAACUUGGAAAUAGAAUCAAAUUAUAAACUAUAUUGUUGGUUAUGUUGAGCACCUCUGUGUAGCCUACUUAUCAAAAACGUUUUCGAACAAAAAUGUCUCAAAUUCAAUACGCAGAUGAACUUAUUAGAGAAUAUUUUAUUUUUAGAGGAUUCAGCAACACCUUGAAGACAUUUGAUUCAGAACUGAAAUUAGACAAAGACAAAUCUUUUCGUGUGGAUAAGAUAGUAGACCAGUUGAUGCAGUUUAUACUCUCGUAUGAUCUUGUAUCAUUAAGAGAGCUAUGGAGCCACCUUGACAGCAAAGUUUUUUCCAAGUUGGAACAUGAGUUUUCAUCCGCUGUGAGGAAACUUGAGAGUGCUCUACUAAAACUGUACUUGAUUAAUGCGGUCUCCAAUGGAAAAAUGGAUAAAGUUAAUGAGUUUUUCACAAGGAUGACUUGCGAAUUACAAGGACAACCAGAGUGGAAGGAGUGGUUCAUGCUACCUUUCUUCAAGAAUGCUGAGGACUCGCCGACGUUUGCUGUUCAUUUUACUCGCUCCUGGCAAGAUACUCUACUUGUUUCACUUCAUAACUUCUUGUCAAUAGUAUUUCAGAUGAUGCCAGUCCCAGUUUUGGUUAGCUACGAGGAAGAAGCAUUGCGCAUCAAACAACUUCAGGAUGAAAACGAGUAUUUGAAACAGCGGCUGGCAGCACUGCUGCAGACCAAGGAGCGGGUUGGCCUCCCAUCCGCCCCCGACGUGCCUGCAGCUCCUCACAUCAUGGAUGACUUCUACAGUAUAGCCCAGGAAUCUUCGGUACCAUUAAGUACGUUGAGUGGAAGCUGUAAUGAAAGUCACAGUAAAUCAUUGAAACAACUGAUUCGGACAAUCGGCGGUGGAAUACCUACAAGUCCAAUCAUGGGCCGGAAGCCCUGCCCUCCGUCCAUAGCUGGAAGUGAGCCAGCUAGUGGCAGAUGUGGCUCGAAGCAGCGGCUCAGCUCGACGCCCGGCAGCUGGAUGAAACCUGUGGCUGGCAGCGGCAAUAGCUCGGAUGGUAGCCAUAAUUCGUCAAAGAGAUCGGCGUCGUUGGAUGCUAGAUCUCGGGUUCGUGGCAGUGGAUCGGUUCGUGACAAUUCAUUGGAUAAUUUAGACAGGAGGCCUGUCAAACAGUCCAAUAGACAUGACAACUAUCUCCUUCUCAGCCAGGAGGAAAUGAAUGAGCACCACGCCCCUGUAACCCAAUGCAGGUUCAGUGCUUGUGGUUCCAUAGUGGCGAGCUCUGAUAAUGAUGGAGUCAUCAAAAUAUGGUCCCCUGCUCCUGCUCCAAAAAUGUUAUCCGUAUCAGUCCUGAAAUCUCCAGUCACAUCUUUAGCUUGGGUUACUAGGAAUGAGAGGUAUUUCCUUUCAGGUACUAAAAAUGGUAUUAUUCGCCUUCAUGAUUCCAAAGAAAGUAAAGUCAUUUGGGAUACUACCAAUGAUAAGACUUUCAUGAGAGAUGGCAGAAUUAUCAGUUUAUGCUGUAGCCCUUCGGAUUCUACCUUUGUGUGUGCCUGUGUCACCAAUCAGAACCAAGGGAAACUGGUUUUGUUCGACAUUAAGACGAGAAAGCCGGAGCGAACGCUGAGCCUGGGCUUGGGCGGGGUGAGCCUGGUGGCGAACUGCUGCACUUACAACCAUAACGGCCAGCUGCUGAUGGUUGGAUGCUCGGACGGGACGGUGCGCACAAUAGAUGUCAGGAACUCGGAGUGCAUCAACUCGUGGAGUGUGCACCUGGGCGCAGUGCAUGCGUUGCAGCUGACGCCUGAUCACAACUACUGCUACUCGCUGGGCGCCGACAACAAGCUGUGUCGUCACAGUUUGACGCAGUCCACGUCGACUGCGCCAGUGUGGGACGCCGUCCUCAAUGAGACACCCGUCACCCCCGCCGCCGCCAUCACCGGCCCACUCACGCAGAGCUUCUGUCUCGACCAGUCCGGCAACCACAUUCUCGUCUGCUCGUCGCACUCCACCGCUAACAUUCAUCAGAUAAGCAGUUUGGGAUUGAGCGGAGUGGUGCAGCUUGGAGGACAUUCGUCGCCGACUGUGGUGUGCGACUGGUCCAAUGGCAGUCAAUGUGGCACCUGUGUCACCGCCACGCUACAAGGCAACAUCACAGUGUCCACUCUUCUCAUGCCGUGACAAUUCGUGCUAAUAUAACGACACACCUCUCUGCUGGAGUCUACUAUUGCAGCCUUGAGUCUACUCCAUCUGCUCUCCACCUCAUCUUCCCCAUUCAAAGGAGCCUGUAGUUUCAUUUCGAUUUUCUCCUGAUACUGUCUUGCUAUAGCUUCAUCGUUCAGUAGCUCCCACUUUACUCUCUGAUAACUACUCCUUUUACCAUUUCUAUUUUUAGCAAAAGCUGUGUCUGCUACCAAUAAAUAGUGAUCUGUUGAGAGCUCUGCUCCUCUUAUUACUUUUACAUCGUUGAUUGAGCUCUUUAAUUCUUUUGGAACCAAGAAGUAGUCUAUAAGGCUGGAUCCCUGAGCUGACUUAAAGGUGAUUUUGUGAAUCCUCUUAUGGUUAUAGUAUGAGUUGGCUACUAUCAUGUUAUUCAGGGCGCAUAAAUCAAGUAUUCUCUCUCCAUUUGUAUUGACCUCGUCUUCUCCUCCAUAUGGUCCUAAAAUUCCUUUGUUUGUCUGGUUGUCUUGCCCAACUCUUCCAUUUAGGUCUCCCAUUAUUAUCACUCUUCUCCCUGCAGUUUCGUUAAUAUCAAUCUGUCUUUGCAGUUCAUCAUAAAAUUCUUCUUUUUCUACCAAGUGUGCAUCUUCUGUUGGUGCAUAUGCCUGAAUGAGAGUAAUUGAUACUUCCAGAUCGAAACAAAGUGUUAUCAAUCUCGAGCUAACUGCCUUCCAUGAUGUCACCUUUCUAUCCAUCUCUUCUGUGACAAUAAAACCCACACCUCCUUUUGCCCUGGCAUUCAUUGCCACACCAGAGUAUCUCAGUACAUAAUUUCCAUCCAUCACCUGAGUUCCAUUUCCCUUCUUCUUUACUUCACUCAUUCCUAGCAAGGACAUUUUGUACUUUUUCAUCUCUUCUAUCACCUCCACUUCCUUUCCAUUCAAUGUCUUAAUAUUCCAUGUCCCAAAUCUGAUUACAAAUCAAAUCAAUUACACCGAAAUCAAAAUUUUCAAUCACAAACAUGAACAAAGCUGCCAUGUACCGAUUUCUAUUUUGUCCUGCACAGGUGUCGGAGAAAACUGUGACGUGUUUGACAGUUUUAGGCAAUGUUUUAAACCAAUUCAGGACAGCUGAACCAAUUUCACUACUACCACGUUUCCCAUUGAUCUCCGUCUAAGCAAAACAGAAAGCAUUAUUGGGAGGCGCUGCUCAUAAACUGUCAAGUUAUAGGCGUUGAGCUUUCUGCUGUAAUAAAAUGGAGACUCAUUUGAGCAUGGUAUUUGUAAAACCUUUUGAAGAUCAAAUGAAGCACUGACAAAGGUCUUGUCCUCUGUUGUUUUUUUUUGUCAGCUUCUUUGCUGGCAUUGGCUUCAUUCCUUCUCACAAUGUGUUGCUCAUACUCAUCCCUUAAUUCAUCUUUUCCAUCUUUUGCUGUUUCAAAACGGCUGCAGAUGACACACCUGUCUUUUUUCGGGUGAUGAAAGUCUAAAUUAAACUCUGUACAAAAAUAUUUCUAUAAAAAUUUAUAGAAUCAUUAGGAAUAUCUAGGAAUAUUUUGAAGACCUUCCUCCUCACAUUUCAAUUUGAAUAGUUCAUACGAUUUCCCUAUUGACAACAGAGGAUCCAGAUAUUUUUUAGUACUGUUCUUCCUACAAUAAUGACUCUCUUUGGCUGGGAAAGAUUCAAUAUGUAGUUUUAUCUUGUCAAAAUAAAAUUUACUUGUCUUGUUUGGUGGAGUUUUAUGUCCCCUUGCAUCACUAGCACAAAAAUUUCCAGAACAUUCUGAUUUGUUUGCAAAUGUGGUUUUCAAAGGUCCAUUACUUAUAGAGAGUGUCUUCAGAAAAAAUGAUUUGCAUACCCUCACCUCAUCAGUUCCUUUGCGAAAAUAAUAGAAGCUCCAAUUCUUGUCGACCCCAAUUCCAGACCGUUUGCGUUUUCUUUCCACUUCACUGCGUUUUACAUAGGAUAGUAGAAUGUCUUUUUGUCUAACAUAGUCAGAUUUUGUGUAUUCUUGACAAAUUUUCAAUCUUGUCUCUUCAUCGAAGUUAUGAUUACAUUUGUAGACACAAUUGGAACAGUCCACAGGUUUUGGUAGUUUGGCUGCUAUCGGUUUUUUCUUCUUCGAUUCAUAAGGAAGACCUUCCUUUUUCAGUUUCUUGUUCCUGUUCACUCUCCUAUUAUCUGGUUGUGGGCGUUGCCAGCGAGUUCUUUUUUUAGGAAUUGUAUCAUCCUCUUCGUCAUUUGAAAGUUCAUUUUCAGUAGAAUGAGUAGAGUUAGGCCUACCUCCGGUAUGUGUAGAUGUGCUAGGAUCUGUUUCCUCAAAGAUCAUAAUAGGCCUAUUAGUCAGUACAACGUUUUCAUCAUCAGAACCUACAACUAAACAGGCAGGAUGAUAAUCAGGAUCUUUACAAUCAUCAUCAUAUUCACUUCCACUAGAGUUUUUAGCAUCAUCAGAAUGAAGAUCAUCUUUAUCAAUAAUAACUAUCUCACUACUACCUAACUUCAAUUUACAUCUAUUUACAUUUACAUCAUCAAAUUCUGUUGAACUAUUAUUGGAAGUUGAACUAUUUUUAUCAUAGAAGCUUGUAAUUUGUUCAGCAGUGUUAAUAUUAGUGAUAUCUUGAAUUAUUUCUUCUGUAAACACGUGUCCAUUAACCUCACCACUUGAAACUGGAGUACUGUAUUUGAAGAAUUGUUGCAUAGUCUCAUAAUUAAAUCACUUCUACUUUUCACAGGCUCCUUAAAUUCAUUUUUAUUCUUCGGUUUAUCUAUUUCUUCACUCACAAAUCACAAAAAUAGAAGAUAGACUCACUCCAGGCCAUCACUCAAUUAAAAGUUACGUUGAAAUCAACAAUCAUGACUGUUCAGAUGUGUUUGUGUAUAUCACACAUAACCAAGUCCAUCUGCUGACAAAUAUCCAAUCUGGAGCGCACAGCUGGGUAAAACUACCCAACGGCCUUUGGGUGGUUUUACCUCUGUAGAAAGUGUUAUUUAGGACUUGGGCGAAUGAAGUUUUCAUGAUUCCCAAUAAAAGCGCUAGUAGUAUCACUUGAGUAUCUUUACCAGUUAUAAAUAAUGUUGUUUUUAGUCAGUUGAGUACAAAACCUCGAUUUUGAAAAAAGUGGACUUGGGUAGUUUUACCACUAACGAUUUAUUUCCUGAAAAUAUUUAUUAUUGAAUUGUAAUGUAAAUGUUUAUUGAUGUAUUUUUUGAUGGAAAUAAAUUGAAUUGAAUUGAAUGUGCAGCAUUAGAGACGUGAAGAAUUUGUUUUUAUUCUGCCCAAAACAAUUGUCAGAAUAAAGGAUAACUUCUUUGCUUUGGCAGUGACUUUUAAUGUGCUUGAACUGACACGUUCCCAUUUUUAUCGGCUCCCCUCUGAGCAACAGUUUCGUCUCAAAAGUAGCAGUUUCCUUCUAUAGUCACAGCAUUGUACACUGAGAUUAUAACAAUUAAAGCAUUGAUGUCACCACAAGGAUAGUUUAAAACUACUUGCAAAUUGAAACAAAGGACGUCAAUGCCUUUAUUUUCUCUUCCUCUUUAAAUGUCUUUUUUCCUCACUUGAACUCACAUUUUCUUUAUUAUUUUGAUCAUAUGAGCUCCUCAACUCUUCUUUUCGUUGUGGAUCACUGUUCUUGAAGGAUUCACAUGUGUUGCACUGAUCCUUCUUAGGUUUGAACAGACCAAUGUUGAAUUCUGUGUUGAAAAUAGUGCAAUACAUUUGAAACUCUCCGCACUCUUUUCCUUCUUCUUCUUCACAUUUUUUUUAUUUAAUAUUUUAUUUUAUUUUUAUUUAAUAUUGAACGAGAGAUUCAAUUAUCAUACUUUUCAGACCGUAGAACACAAAUAGAAAUAUUAGGAAAAAUUUAUACUGUAUAAAGAUGAUUUUGAGAAAAAAAUGUUUGAACAGUAAUGGAAGGAAAUGUAAGUAAUGGCAAUAAUGUUAGGAAAAAAUCCUUUUUGAAGUAUGGGCUUAUAUUCCUUAUGAAUUCAAAUGAAUUAUGUUAUUGUGAACUCACAAAAAUCUCUGGCAUUUUAUAAUGAUAAUGCAAUAUUUUAUUCACAUAGAUCAGUAGGUUGGAUGUAAGAGGUUGUUGAAGUUGAAAAUUGAAUCUUCCAACACUAUCAGUAGCUCCUCUAUUCAUUUCUGCUUCGAAUGAUGCAGGUUCAUCUUCUGAUAUGUAAGGAAUACACUCAGGGUUGCAUUCACUAUCAUGGUUUGCUAUUGCAUAAUCUUCUAUUGGAGCCUGUAACAAUAAUAUGGGAAGGCGAUGUACCUCGGAAAAAUUUUUGAAAUAUGAUUUUUAUUUCAACCUGUGUUUGAUAAAAGUAACUUAUUCCAAUUGUUUUUCAAACCCCAAUUUUUAGGCAACAUAUUAUUAUCAUGAAAACAUUCAAAAUAUGUUUCUAUAUGAGGAAGAAUAAACUAUUUUCUACAGCUGUGCAAUGCAUCCCAAGGUACAACACCAAGUUUGUGUAGUAAAACUUGGUGUUGUACCUUGGGACUAAGUGGAAGGUUAGGAAAAAUGAAUUCGAUUUUAUUAAGAUAUAAAACAAAGAAAGUACCGGGUGAUUACAAAUGAAAUAGACAUUUUGAAUAGCUUGUAGAGAAUUUAUUAUUUAAAAGUUUAGAUCAUUACUUACAUGAUUACAUAGAAGAAUUCUUGAAGUUUUUAUUGAAAAUUUACAGAUGUUCAAUGUGUGCACCAUUUGCAACAUGACAGAUAUCAACAUGGUAGUCAAAUUCUGACCACACACGACUAAGCAUCUCACGGUUAACUGUAGCAAGAGCAUUUGUGAUUCGUUGUUUAAGAUCAUCGAUAUCAACAGGAAGCGGUGGUACGAAAACUCUGUCUUUUACAUAGCCCCACAAGAAAAAGUCGCAGGGCGUUAGGUCCGGACUACGAGGUGGCCACGGCUGAAACACAACGUUUUCCUCACUUGCACGGCCGAUCCAUCGUCUAGGAAGAUGUUCAUCCAGAUACCCUCUGACGUCUGAGUACCAGUGAGGCGGAGCUCCAUCUUGUACAAAAAUGAAGUUACAACUAUCUUCAUGGAGUCAAGGCAUUAACCAUUUGGUUAACAUGUCCAGAUAAAUUCUUCCGGUUACUGAUGGUUCUUGGAAGAAGAAAGGCCCGUAAACCUUUUCACAAGAUAAAGCGCAAAACACGUUCACUUUAGGAGAAUCAUGUAUAUGCUGUACAGUCUCUCUUGGGUUUUCUGUUCCCCAUACUCGUACAUUAUGUCUGUUAACUUUUCCACUAAUGUGAAAAGUGCAUUCAUCACUGAAAAUUAGGUGAUUAAACAAUGUGUUGUCAUUUUCAAGACAAUGUUGCAUCUCUUGACAA